AGCGAGACCAGGCCACACUGCCACGCCACUUUCUUACAUUGAUCGCAUGCGCACGUCGUACUCCAUUCUCCAUUGACUUGUCUCUGCCAGGCCUAUAUCGUGCUGUGUUUUAUCACCAAGUCAGCACCAAGGUUUCUGGGAAAAAUAGACAUAUUCAUAAUCCCCAACGGACAGUUACUAGAGGGCGGCAAACAAAACAAAUCCCACCAAAGCAAAUCCAGCGCCAGGCACCUGCCCACAAAGUACAACAUUCCGCACCCUAUGAGUAUAGUCUUGCGACGAUAACAAUCAUGGACCCGACAUCGGGUUGCCCACCGUCGCCCUCACCCGGCACGCCACUCCAAACAGCCUCGGCAGAUCGUGUUAAUCACCAGCGCGAGCAGUCGCUAGCAUCGCCGUUUCAGCAGUCUUUGACGAACACGCCUGGCCGUGACCACUCCCGCGAAAGCUCAGUCCAUGAUAAGAUCAACCAGUUCAACAACCUUGCCGUACACUCCAAGCAGCUGGAACGCAAGACUGCCGAUGCGGCACUCAAGCGCGCCAUGCUAGGUCGCGAGGAGGCGGAGGCCGAAAUGCGCAGGCAUCGCGAUGAGGCGAAGCUGCUGCGCAAACAGGUAGACGAGGGCAAGGAGCGAGAGAGGAGGGUCGGAGAGAGACUGGAGACUGUCAUGGAAAACUAUGGUCGCGCGAAAGAAACACACGCGCAUACCCAGGCUCUCUGGGAGAAGGAGAUUCGCCGCGCGCGCAAGGAAACCUUCAAGUUGCAGAGCGUCAUCGUCAAACUCCAGGAGGAGCUCAAGUCUGCACGCGCUGCAGCCAAGACAGCCGAGGAAAGCCUAGCCCAGGAAUCCCAGAGAAGGGAGGACCGAGAGCAGGAGGCCUUUAGUGCUCGAUACGGCAUUGCUGAGGUUCAAGAGAAAUUCGAAGAGGCACAAGGGCGCAUCCAGAUAUUGGAACAGGAGUGCGAUGUCAUCAGGCAGGAACGUGAUGCUUUCAAGACAUUGGCGAAAACGGAGGAGGACGUCGCCCGAAUCGCGGCAGAAGGUCGGUUGCCACUCCCAAAGUCGAAACCAACAGAGGGUGAGGAGGAGGACGAGUUCACAUCCCCUAAGAAAAAGAGGCAACGAUUGUCAUCUUCUCCACCACCGGUUGAAAUCAGAACAUCUGAAGCCAACGAGGCUGAGCUGGAGGAGUUAUCCUUCUUACUGCAGUUGGAGAGGCAGCGGGCCGAUCGAGCGGAAGGCCAUAUCGAGUAUCUCAAGGCCGAGUGCCAGCUUCGCAUGUGUCCAUGCAUGAAGUCGCGGCCUCGGUCGAGCAUUCUCUCGCACAGGUCCCCUGCUAAACCCGCCCUUGCGUCUCCCCAGAAGAAAAACCGCAUCGAGCAUCUCAAAAUAAGAUCGGGACCGAGGCGAAGCACCAUUUUCGUACCGGAGGAGGGCGUCUUCCGCACAGUGUCGCAAGAGGAGGCGGAGGCGCUAGAGGCGCCGUCGAUUCCGGCCCCUGAGACCGAGGAUGUCGCCGAGGCCACGGCAGAGCCUAUUACUCCUGACACUCCUGCUGCUCUGAAAAAGAGUCCAGAGGCUUACGCAAGAACGCCAUCCCUGGACCCGCCGGCUUUCGCCAUGCUUUCGGAGACUAGGGCGUCACUUCUCUCUCUCCUCGACGCGCCACAUCGAGCAGAGCCACCCAUGACAUUUCAUGUCCCUACCAUCCCUGGUGUGAUAUUUGAGGAAUCAGUUCAAUCAGUCGCCAAGAAAUCCGUCAUGACAAUUGACUUGAACUCGCCUCCUGCGGAGGAGACCCGAACUGCUACGCCAACAGAGGUUGAUGACUUUGACAAGACCAUCAUGCCUACACGCCCAUCACCAAGUCCAGCCCCGCCAUCUCCGAGACCGGUCGCCGAUUUUGAAAUCAGGGCCCCAGAACCCGAACGACGAGACCCAAGCCCGCCGGCUCUGUGCAUGCGGGAAUCAAGCGUCCGCCCUCAUACAUCGUCGACGCACUAUUCGGUCCAGUCCACGACCAUGACGACUAAAGUACCUUUACGCGAGGAAACCACCGACCCUAGUCUGGCGAAGCGCAUUAUGGCCCUUCAGAGGACACCAUCGAGCGGAUCAUCUUCAUCGUCGUCUUCGAACUCAUCGCUGACCAACGGCAAUGGAAAGCGGGGACGCGACACCAGUGGUCCAUCAUUCGAUGUGAACAACCCGGCCCUGACUCCGACGAUGACCCGUGAGCAGGCGCUGGCACAAAUCAGGGAGCGCAGAGGACGGGCACGUAGCGCUAUGGCAGGUGCCAUAACACCCAAAAAGCAACAGCUGCCCUUGGGCGAAAGAAGGGAUGUUAGCGCACCUGUAGGCCGUGUGGGUGUCGGAAGCAGUGCUGCCAACAGCAUCAGGAAGAGACCCAGGACGUGAACCGAAAUCUGUUCUUCUCACAAAUCGGCAGGUUUUCCGCCUUGAAACUAUAAAAUAUCUCAACAAACAGCGCACCCCGUAUACAACAUACUGGGGAUUUGUCCCUUUGUCCACCUUGGGUUUACAGACAUAUUCGACUGCAGCGCCCACUCUGCACACAUGCAAAUAUAAGGAGGUACAAAGUUGUACGAAUAUCCUGAUUUAGCUUUGGUUUUUGAUUUUUGGGGGCGUUUUGGGAACGGCACGAGGUUGGGCAGGGGAAAACGGCCAGAGAAAGGUCUACGCCUUUUUUUUUCUUUUCAUGAAACCUUCUCAUACCCAUUCCGUCUCUGUUCUUUUCGCGGCUUUGUUUCGGAGUUUUGAUACAAAUCCCAGCUUUGUGUAUUGCCACUCUCACACGCUUAUUAAAGAGCCGCAUUUAAUCGCUCAAGACAUGUUUGUUUUCAGUUUAAUUUGAUGGAAUAUAAUUAAAACUGGCUUUCGAUACGAUACGAUACUGAGAUAUGCAUCAUGAAAUUAGUUUCUUUGUG